AUGGACAUGGAGCUCUCCUCCUCCUCCUCCUCUACCACCGUCGCUUCCUCACCUGCGUCGUCGCCGCCGCUCGGGAGGUGCGUCCUCCGCUUCAGGCUCCCGCCGGCGUGGACGCCCGAGGAGGACGCCGUCCUGGAGCGCCUCGCCAUGGAGCACGGCUCCCGCCACUGGCGCCGCGUGGCGGCGCAGAUGCCGCGCCGCCGCUCGCCCGCGCAGUGCCGCGACAGGUGGGGGGACCACCUCGCCCGCGACGUCUUCCACCGCCCCUUCACCGCCGCCGACGACGCCGAGCUCGCCCGCCUCUGCCUGCGCCUCGACGACGACGCUGGCUUCGCCGCCGGCCGCCGAUGGAAGGACGUCAGCAGGGCCGUCUACGGCCGCAGCUCGUGCGCCGUGAAGCGACGCUGGAGGGAGCUGCGCAGGAGCGACGCGUUCCUCGGCGCGCUGUGGCGUCCGAGGACGACGACGACGGCGCCGCCAGCCAAUGCCGCGAUCACGACGACGUGUUGA